AUGGCUUCCUUAAACCACACAGGUGUUAGCCACACAGUCUUCCGCUUGCUGGGCAUCCCUGGCCUUGAGGACCAGCACAGGUGGAUUUCCAUUCCCUUCUUCAUUUCCUAUCUCAUCGCCCUGCUUGGGAACAGCCUGCUCAUCUUCAUCAUCCUCACAAAGCGCAGCCUCCAUGAACCCAUGUACCUCUUCCUCUGCAUGCUGGCUGGAGCAGAUGUUGUGCUCUCCACAUGCACAGUGCCUCAGGCCUUGGCCAUCUUCUGGUUCCAUGCUGGGGAGAUCUCCCUGGAUUGCUGCAUUACUCAGCUCUUCUUCAUCCAUUCCACUUUCAUCUCUGAGUCUGGGAUCUUGUUGGUGAUGGCAUUUGACCGCUACAUUGCUGUAUGCUACCCACUGAGAUACACCACUAUUCUUACACAUGCACUGAUUGGGAAAAUCGGUGUUAUAAUCUUUCUGAGAAGUUAUGGUACAAUUUUCCCCACAAUAUUUCUUCUGAAAAGACUGACUUUCUGCAAAAGUAAUAUCCUCCCAAACACUGCUUGUAAGCACAUUGUCUUGGCCCAUGUUUCCUGUGAUGACAUACAAGUAAACAUCUGGUACGGGCUUUUUGUCCUAAUGUCAACAGUGGUCUUAGAUAUUGUGCUAAUCUUUUUUUCAUAUGUGUUGAUUCUCCAUGCUGUCUUCCACAUUCCAUCCCAAGAUGCUCACUACAAAACUCUCAAUACUUGUGGCUCCCAUGUCUGUGUCAUCAUCCUCUUUUAUGGGCCUGGUAUCUUUACAACUCUUACUCAAAGGUUUGGACACCACAUUGUACCCCAUAUCGAUGUCCUGCUGGCCAAUGUCUGCAUUCUGGCUCCUCCUAUGCUAAAUCCCAUCAUUUAUGGGAUCAAGACCAAACAGAUCCAGGACCAGGUGGUUUAUGUGUUGUUUACAAAGCAGAAAUAA